GUGUAAGCGUGUGUUACACUCAGUUAUCAUGUAAAGACAGGUUUAUCUAAACAUAACAAACGUUUAUCAGUUAACAUGUUCAAAGCUUCUUGAAGUUUGACGAAUUAGAGGAUUGUUAUUAGAACUACAAAUGUGUAUGUAGUGGAACACUUUUAAACAUCAUAUCAACAAGUUGAUAACAGUGAUCAAUUUACUAUUUCAUGUGAAUAAAGGGUACAUAAACCUAUCCAGAUAACAGGAAGUAAUUUUCAAAACUUUGCAAUAAAAUGGCGACAGCUUUAAGUUCAGUUCAUCGAAGUUCGGAUUUUGUGAAGGACUAUUUUUGUGAUGCUUGUGAAAGUAAACAGAUGGUAGAAACUGCAGAGAUGUACUGUGAAACAUGUCAGAAGUGUUUUUGUGGAAAAUGCAUUAAACACCAUGGUCAAUUAUAUGCUAACCAUGUCAUAUAUGGAAGAGGAGACAUGAACAAGUGGCCGCUCACCAAGAAAAUUGACAACUUUAUUCAGACAUGUGAGGCCCACACAGACAAGAAACUAGAAAUGUUUUGUGACGACCAUAGUCAACUGUGCUGCAGCAAUUGUGCUUUCCUAAAACACAGACAAUGCAAGGAUGUGACUCUUAUUUCUGAGAAAGUAAAAAGCCAAUCAACUGAUCUACACAAUCUGGCAGAUAAAAUUCAAACCAUUCUUGACGAACUGCAACAAUUUAAUAGUAAACGAGAGGCCACCAUUCAGUCUGUGGAGAGCUCUUACAAUCAAAGUCUACACGAAGUCCGCGAUGUGCGUCAUAAAUUAAAUGCUGCUUUGGAUGAGCUUGAAAAGGCCACCCUGAAAGAACUGGAUGAUAUGAGGACUGCACUGCAAGCCUCCCUUAGCAAAGACGUAGAUAACUCCAACAACCUGAAAGAUGAACUGACACAACUCAGUGAGGCUGUACACCACCUUGAAAACAGGAGUAAGGCAGAACUCUCAUUUAUAGUAGAAAGGAAAGGUCUGGGCAAGAUUCUGGAGUCAGAAGUAUACCUGAAGGAGAACACUGUCAAAGUUGACAGUUCAAUAUCAUUCCAAGCAAACAGAGAAAUUCUUCACUUCUUGUCCAAACAAUUAAGUCUAGGGAAAUUCAUACAGAGAACCGAGUCAUUGGCAGUGCGGCAGGGCCCAAAUCAUGUAUUAGCUUUAAAACAGAAGAGUGAGUAUGAUGUAAGAUUACCAAGUGAUUCAACAAAACCAAGCUAUAUCACAGGCAUUUGUGUUAUUUCCAAUGAUAAUAUCCUGGUGGCUGACUUCAACAAUAAAAGAGUGAAGCUGUUGGACCAGAAGUAUAAUGUGAUCAGUCACUGUGAUGUGCCUGUUUCUGAAGGGGACAUGUGUCAGAUUAGUGCAUGUGAGGUGGUUGUUACUGUGCAUGAUUGGGUGCAGUUCAUCUCUGUGAAUAAUGUUCAGCUUGUAAAAGGCAGGAAACUUCAGUUUCAACAUGAUUGUUUUGGCAUUGCUCAUCAUGAAGGCAACCUGUAUGUCACCUCUGGUACUGCUCUGUACCAGUACACUCUUACUGGAACACUUGUAAAAAAGAUCUAUGAAGAUACAACUUCUGAAUUCACGGUGUGGAGGUGUGCUGUGAUUCCAACUGGUGACAGGAUCUAUUUAACCAACUACUCCGAUCACAAGCUCCUCACACUGUCCCCAGAUGGGACCCUGAUAUCCACAUUUACCGAUCCUGACCUACAAUAUCCAUGGGGGGUCCAUGUAACACGAGCAGGUCAGGUCCUUGUGUGUGGGUACACCUCCAACACUGUCAUACAGGUGGAUGGAGAGGGCAAAAGAAAGCUUGCUACUCUCGCUACAUGGACAGAUGGAUUGAGCAAGCCUGUGUCAGUCUGCUACUACAGCAACACUAACGAAGUAAUUGUGGGAAGAUUGGAGAACAACAAAAUCCUUGUUCUCAAAAUUUGAUAGCCAGCAUUUAAAUGUUACAUAUAACAACAUAAUUCUCUAUAUUAACUUUCGAGAAAUGUCAUUUGUAUUCAGAUUGACAGUAAAAGCACACCUAGUAUUACUUCAACUUGUUUAACUUUUCAAGGAAUUGUUUGAAUGGCUUUUAAAAUCUACACUACAGGAUAUCAUAUGGUUACAGGCAUUCAGUAUGUCAUGGUUUUGAACACAGAACCACUUUGUAGUUGAAACUCCACAAAUUCUGUGAACGAAAACAUAGCCAGUAAUUUUGAAUGUUCCUCGGUUGAAGGUCAAUGUCACAAAUUAACGUUAAAGGUAAAACAAAAGAAAUCAGUUGAGACUGUCCAAUAUAAACAUAACAUUACUUUUUAGUUGACAGGGUGACAAGACCAGUCUUUAUUUACUUUAAAUAAUAUUUAAACUGUUUAUGGAAUAUGCAUAGCAUUUUUUGGAAAUGUGACUUAUUGUGUACAUGUUGUCAUAUUUUAAUGAUGCAAAUGUAGUUUUUUAUUAAUUCUGUUUAUAUUAAUAUUACAUAAUUUGUGAGUGUUAAUAAUUUCCCAGGCCCUUUUGGCAUGGCGCUGCCCACCCAGACAUUCCGAGGCCCCACUUCGCCCUUUUCAAAGGCAAAAGCCGCAAUGUUCCCUUAUCUUUAAGAUCUUAAUUGCCUUUUGAACAAAUUUGUUAGCCGAGCCGUCUAAACAAUCAGAGUCCAUAAUUGUAUAUGACGCUCUGACUGCUUGAUUUACUCCUUAUACGAGAAAGUCAAAAUGAGUAUUUAAUAGACUGAUUCCAGUAUUGUCCGGAUUUUCUGUUUUCUCAUCAUACAGUACAAUAACUGGUUUAUUUAUGAUGUAUCUAAAAGACUGUAACGGUAAAAAUUAAGCAUGUCUGUUUUGAUAUUAAUUUAGAGGAAAUGUCAAUUCUAAAUCAAUUGCCAAUUAUUUUGUUAAACUUCACUACAGAACUUUUUAACAAAAUUAAAAGAUCUCUAUGUUUUCCCCGCCAAGAAGUUUUCAUACAAAACAGAUUCCACCACGAUUGCCAUGGGGCUGAUGUUACGUUCUACAUGUUCAGCAUAGGUUUGACGCCCUUUUUAUAUGAUCAACACAAAAGCAUAAGCACUGUUUAAUUAAAGUUCAAGUUUGUUAAAUCUACCGUCGCGUGAACAUCUAAAAGCAAGAAGUUUGUUUCCGAUUUCAAAUUUAAUUAUGCUCAUUUGAAAAUUCAUUAACACAAUUUCAGUUGUAUGUAAUAAAUUUAAUUAUAAUU